UGGUGAAACCCCGUCUCUACUAAAAAAAAUAAUAAUAAUAAUAAUACAAAAAUUAGCUAGGCGUGGUGGUGGGCACCUGUAAUCCCAGAUACUCGGGAGGCUGAGGCAGGAGAAUCACUUGAACCUGGGAGGCGGAGUUUCCAGUGAGCCGAGAUCACGUCACUGCACUGCAGCCUGGAUGACAGAGCAGGACUCCAUCUCAAAAAGAAAAAAAAAGAAAAGAAAAGAAAAAAAUAUUAAAUGUGUACGCUCUUUGAGUCAGCCGUAUUACUUCAAGGAGUUGAUAGCACCAAAAUUGCCUAAGUGCUCAAAGGUGUUUGUAGUUAAACAACAGGAGAUUGAUAAAUUAUGUUAUAUACAUGUGAUGCUAUCUUUUAAAGAAGUACUGAUAUAAAAAAGAUGUACGUGGCAUAAAAUUAAAUGUACUUUAUUAAGUACUUUUCCAAGUGUUUACGGAAUGAGUGCAUUUUUGAAAAGGUGUAUUCGAACUUUUAAAAAAGCUUUAAAAGCUUUAUACAAUGAACGAUUGAGUGAUUAUAAGAGCUGGCGGGGGAAUGUUAAGAGGAUGAUAGGGAGCUAAGUUUAACAUAACAAUUCACCUCUUUAUCGUGUGACACUUAGGAGCGCAUCAAUUCUGUAAUUGAAAAAUAAAGUGCAUAUUUGCAGCAGCUGUACUCUUCAGGCUGCAAGGAGGCUUUUCUUCCCGGUAGGCUUGAUUUGCAUUUCACUUUCACUUUCGUGGCUGGAAACUUUCUACCCACGUAGUGGGAGGCUGAGGAGGCACCAUAAAGCUGGGGCUUGACGAACCGGGGCCAGGGCCUGAUCCCCACAUAUGCCCGGACUUGUUCAGCGGCCGGGUUCAGGAGUCAAAGAGGCUGGGAGACCUGCGGGACGCUGCCGCGCCCUGCGCCCGCUUCCUCCAAUGUAUGCUCUAGGGGGCGGGCCUCGCGGGGAGCAUGGACACGAUUGGCCCUAAAGUCUUCCCCGCCCAGGCCGUGGGCCGGACAGCGUGGUGACGUCGCAACGCGGCGCAGGGUGAGAGCGCGCGCUUGUGGACGCGGCGGCAUUAAACGGUUGCAGGCGUAGCAGAGUGGUCGUCGUCUUUCUAGGUCUCAGUCUGUCGUCGCGACGUUCGCCCGCUGGCUCUGAGGCUCCUGAAGCCGAAACCAGCUAGACUUUCCUCCUUCCCGCCUGCCUGUUGCUGCGUUGUUGCCACUCCGCCACCAUGUUCGAGGCGCGCCUGGUCCAGGGCUCCAUCCUGAAGAAGGUGUUGGAGGCACUCAAGGACCUCAUCAACGAGGCCUGCUGGGACAUUAGCUCCAGCGGCGUAAACCUGCAGAGCAUGGACUCGUCCCACGUCUCUUUGGUGCAGCUCACCCUGCGGUCUGAGGGCUUCGAUACCUACCGCUGCGACCGCAACCUGGCCAUGGGCGUGAACCUCACCAGUAUGUCCAAAAUACUAAAAUGCGCCGGCAAUGAAGAUAUCAUUACACUAAGGGCCGAAGAUAAUGCGGAUACCUUGGCGCUAGUAUUUGAAGCACCAAACCAGGAAAAAGUUUCAGACUAUGAAAUGAAGUUGAUGGAUUUAGAUGUUGAACAACUUGGAAUUCCAGAACAAGAGUACAGCUGUGUAGUAAAGAUGCCUUCUGGUGAAUUUGCACGUAUAUGCCGAGAUCUCAGCCAUAUUGGAGAUGCUGUUGUAAUAUCCUGUGCAAAAGACGGAGUGAAAUUUUCUGCAAGUGGAGAACUUGGAAAUGGAAACAUUAAAUUGUCACAGACAAGUAAUGUCGAUAAAGAGGAGGAAGCUGUUACCAUAGAGAUGAAUGAACCAGUUCAACUAACUUUUGCACUGAGGUACCUGAACUUCUUUACAAAAGCCACUCCACUCUCUUCAACGGUGACACUCAGUAUGUCUGCAGAUGUACCCCUUGUUGUAGAGUAUAAAAUUGCUGAUAUGGGACACUUAAAAUACUACUUGGCUCCCAAGAUCGAGGAUGAAGAAGGAUCUUAGGCAUUCUUAAAAUUCAAGAAAAUAAAACUAAGCUCUUUGAGAACUGCUUCUAAGAUGCCAGCAUAUACUGAAGUCUUUUCUGUCACCAAAUUUGUACCUCUAAGUACAUAUGUAGAUAUUGUUUUCUGUAAAUAACCUAUUUUUUUCUCUAUUCUCUGCAAUUUGUUUAAAGAAUAAAGUCCAAAGUCAGAUCUGGUCUAGUUAACCUAGUAGUAUUUUUGUCUCUUAGAAAUACUUGUGAUUUUUAUAAUACAAAAGGGUCUUGACUCUAAAUGCAGUUUUAAGAAUUGUUUUUGAAUUUAAAUAAAGUUACUUGAAUUUCAAA